AUGUUCUGCUCUAAAAACGCACAGUUUCAUGCCUCUUUUGAUCCAGUUUCCCAUAUGAGUUUGAGUGAGAAAGAAAAGCAGCAGUUUGAACGAGAAAUUAAAACAAUGAUAUUUAAUGAUGUAUAUGCCAAUGAUGCUUCAACAAUAACAACUGCACCAACUCUUACUACAACAUCAACAACAACGACUACACAACAACAGCAACUUCAACAAUUUAAUUUAAAAAUAAAGUCAUCAACAACAUCAGCCAUUGAAUGUUGGAAAAUUAAUCAAUCACAUUUGUCAGUAUUGUCGCAUUUAGCUAAAAUUCAUUUAGCCGCUUUUGGUACUAGCGUACCAAGUGAAUCGGCUUAUUUAGGUCGUAAAGAAAGAACACGUUUAUCAACUGAAAAUUUGUUAUUUUCAGUUUUUUUAAAAGACAAAAUUGUUUCACAGUGA